AAAAAUCUACACUCUCUCUAUUCUACUCACACUCUACUCCAGUCUCUCUCUGUAAAUGAAAAAUGGUGGAAUUAGGGUUUUCUGAUAAACACAAGAAGAAGAGUAAUAAGAACAAGAAGAACAAACAACAACAACAAACUACAUUGAGAUCGAGUUCAGGUGGUGGUGGCCGAGAAGAAAGUCCAGAUUCAAUAAACUUCACUACUACUACAAACACUGAAUCUCUAUUUUCAUCUGCUUGUGGUAGUGUUGAUCGUUGCUCAUUAGCUUCUGAACAGGUUUUUGAUCAUGACACCCUAAUUUCUGAGCUCUCCGAGCAUUUGUCUGGAGGUGAACAAGAUCUAGGCUCUAAUAAUAUAUCAACUGUUCAUCAAAUCAAUUUCCCUAUUGACGAUGAUGACGAAGAUAAUGAAGCAGGUGUUGAAGACGAAGAGAAUGAUUAUGUUGAUGUAGAUCCUUCUAGCUCUUCCUUCUCUCAAGCUAUAAAAGAAUGCCAGCACCGCCGACGUAGAUCAGAAGCUAUUCGAUCUCAGAAGAAGCAAAUGAGACAAAGGCCUGUUUCAGUAGAUCUAAACAACACAGGAAGCUACGGUACUAGUUCUUCGCCUCGAUUCAGUGGUAUGAGAAAAAGUUCUGUUUCUUCGCAGAAAUUAGAUACAUUUCCGAGCCCUGGAACACCAAAUUACUGGCGAGGCAAUGUAGGAUCUCAAAAAGGUUGGUGCUCGGAACGUGUACCGUUACCAACAAAUGGUGGUCGUAGAUACGGGACUGCGGGUGUUCUUCCUUUUAAUCCUGGGAGAACCUUGCCAUCCAAAUGGGAAGAUGCAGAGAAGUGGAUCUUCAGCCCAGUUUCUGGAGAUGGUCUUACUCGGACUUCCAGACCAGCACCUCAUAGACGCCCAAAGUCAAAGAGCGGACCAAUUGGCCCACCGGAUAUUGCAUACUACUCACCUUGUGGACCCAUGUUUGAGGGAGGGAAUGUUGAGAACUAUGUGGCUCGGUCUCCAUUUUCAGCCGGAGUUUUAGCUAUUGAAGCUGUGCCUAAUCGAGGUGCUUGUAGUAAUGGCAGCAGGAGCAGCAGUGGCAAUGGCAGUAUCGGUGGUGGGGUAUCUUAUGCAUUGGAUGGAGAUUCUUGUAUAGUGCGUUCAGCUAGCAUACAUGGAUGGUCAUCUAGUUUGUUGAGUCAGUCUUCGCUUUCCGGCUCCAGAGAUGGCAGUAAAGAUGCAUCAAUCAAGAUUUCUCAUGUUAUGUCAAGAAGGGACAUGGCAACUCAGAUGAGUCCUGAUGGCAGCCCCCACUCUUCUCCUAAAAGGACCUGUUUCGCUCCAUCUCCUCCCCCGCUUCUUCCCAUUAUAGAGCAACAGACCCAUCAUAAUAUAGAAGUUAGGGAUGUGGAGGUAGAUGGUAGAGUUACUGUGACACGGUGGUCUCGGAAACAUGGAGCACGAGCGCCCCGGAAGGGAAAUGGAGAUGUCAAAGAUCGGAAAAAGAAAUCUUCUGAAACUCAAAUUUCUGGUUGGGAAAUUACAGAGACUGCAGUAUCGAAGUCCAAAAGAGAGGAAGCCAAGAUCACUGCCUGGGAGAAUUUGCAAAAAGCAAAAGCUGAAACAGCAAUACGGAAAUUAGAGAUGAAAUUGGAGAAGAAGAGGUCUUCUUCAAUGGAUAAGAUCAUGGACAAGUUGAAAUCAGCUCAAAAGAAAGCCCAAAAGAUGAGAAGCUCAGUUUCAUCCAAAGAUUCCGAAAAGACACAUCAAGUAGUCAAGACUUCGAGCAAAGCUGUAUCCUUCCGCCGGCCUGGUCAGAUUGGUGCCUUAGGUUGCUUCACUUGCCAUGCCUGCUAAUGUGGAUUAGGCAGAUAGUUGGUUUUUGAAGUUGAAAUUAACAGAUUUAAGGUGAAAAAAAUCAGUCAGAUCCCCUACUGUGUGGCAUACUGUAUCUGUUAGAUCAAUUGCUAAGCCGUACCAGGUCUUAAGAACCGUAGAGGGUAAACACAAUACCAGUUACAGACGUUUAGCCUGUUUGUAAAAAAUAUCACAGACCGUCUUCACAGUUACCUCAUCUAUGUACUCUAUUUUGUAAGACCAUGUACAUUUUGUUAGUUUCCUCGCAAUUUAGAGCGAAGAAUUUCAAUGGAUGUCUGUUUCCAUUUGCUCUUUUUGUUACCAAGUUCAGGCCUGACGAAUUUCAA